AUGCAACACGCGGUGACGACGCGGCUUGGACUACCCGUUCCCAGGACGCCUUUGAAACCUGAAGACAGGAAAGCUAGGCGACGGCAACAGAGCAAGGUGAACCAACGACGGUACCGCGCUGAACAACUCCAGUACGAGACAGGCCUUGAUGAGGACGUGCUGCGCCUGACGAGGGACGUGGCUCGUCUGGAAGGCCGCCUGGAGACGCUUGCGUUCACAUUGCCCAAGAACAUGCGCACGUUUGCACCAGAAUCCAAAGCCGCGUCCGAGUACUUUCGCGUGUUUGCCAACGGUUACGCAACGACGGCUGGCGACGCCGCAUAUAUCAACCAGCACGACUUUGUCCGGGGCGUCAUGCGGGACGACAUGAUCUUCAUGGACAGCGUCGGGUCCGACAAAGUGUUUGAGCAGGGCGAGCUCUACGCGACGCUGUUUCACUCGGUGGGCAUGAAAUGCCACUACAGCCACGUCAUCUCGACCUAUCCGGACGUGAUGCUGGAAGCGCAUGCGACGUUGCACUUGCGCAUCUCUCGCACGACUAUGCACGUGUUGUUCCCGCACCUCCUAGACAACGAGCCGCUCAUCCAGAAGCUGCUCGGCCGGGUGUUGGUCAUGGACGUGCUGUGCCAGUUCACGUUCGACGAAGACUUCUUUGUCACGCGAUUCAACACGGUGGCCAACCCCGUCGUGGCGCUCAUGAAUCUCCUCCACAGCAUCCAAGACACGACCACCGCCCUUGCCGGCCUUCGUCUCAAAGCCAACGCCGAGCUCCCUGCAAAGGGUGACGCGAUCUCGUGUUAA